AUGUCUGGAACAAUGGACAACAUCCGGGCAAAGAUCAAGCGCCGCUUCUCGCACAAGGACCCUGAGCCUCAAAACUUUGACGAGUACGAUUCUAGCGAGGAAGGUCAGGAUCAUGAGACCUCCACCUAUCUGAGUCGCGAAAUCGAGAAGGCGGAAGCGGAAGGCCAUGAGCAGGGCAAGCCAGGCUCUCUCUUGAACAGAAUGAUCAUGCACGGCAACAAGAAGACCGAAGCAGAGAUCAAUGCCGGCCACCAAACUCCUGCUGCAGUCAACCAAACCUCGGCCGGUGCACAGAAUGCGUAA